AUGGAUAAUAUAUAUAAAUUUAGAGCCAGUACCUCAGUCUAACAUUUAUAACACUUGAAUAAUGAUAAAUAGUUUUAUUCAGAGGAUGAAUAAUCUGAAACUAAUUAGAAGGACGAGUUCUAGUUAAAAUAAAUCAGUAAACCACCAAGUAAAAUGUCACAUUUUAGUCAAAAUCUCACUGGAUAUCAAACUGAUGAUUCAGAUAAAGAUUCCCCAAAGCAUGCUAAAAAAGGACCAACAAGUACAAUAACAUUUAUAUUAGGUUAAAAACCAUCAAAAUUUAGAAAUUUAAUGAAUGGAAUAGAGGGUGAUGUUGAAGGUGCUGAAGAAGAAAGAGAAGAAGAUAUCAAAACACAUAAAACUUAAAAUAAUAAUGAAGAUCCAUAUAAUGUAAAAGAGUAAUCAACUAAAAUCCAAUAGAAGAUGAAAGAGUACAACAAUUAAUAAGUUUUUUAAGUGUAAGAUCCUAUUUAAUCAUAGUAAAUUGUAGAGAGAUGUCAAUUCUGACAUUGAAUUGUCAAAAGCUAAAUAAAAUGCACGAUGUAAAUUUUCUAAUCAUCCUUUUCGACAUCUAAUUUAUGGACCUACAAUAGGUGAGACUUCAUUUAAUAAAUUCUUACAACUUACCUAAAGAGGAUUAAUAUAUGCUACUCGUUGUCUAAAGGGACCAAGUUUAAAUUUUAUUAAAACAAAAAUGUAAGUAUUACCUGAAGCUCGAAAUCCUAAAGCAAAAACCUUACUCUUAGAUUUGGAUGAAACUUUAAUUCAUAGUUGUUCAUCAAGGGAAAAAUCUUAAACUUGCAUAAUAGCAGUUAGUGAAUAAGGAGAAGAAGCUAGAGUAAUUCAACAUUUCUAUUUUGUAGAUAUAUUUAAAUGUUCGACCAUUUUGUUAAUGGUUCUUAUAAUAAAUGAGUUAACUCUAUACAAUCUAUAUUUAUACUGCUUCAUCUAGUGCUUAUGCUAGUACUAUUGUCAAGUACUUGGAUCCUAAAGGUUAAUGGAUUUCUGGCAUUUUAUCAAGGUAGAAUUGUUUGGAAACUAAAAAUGGCUUUUAUAUAAAGGAUCUUAGGAUUAUUUCUAAUAAGUAAAUUAAAAAUAUGCUUAUUGUUGAUAAUCUUGCUCAUUCUUUUGGGUUUUAAAUUGAUAAUGGAAUACCAAUAUUAGAAUGGCAUGAUGAUAAAAAUGAUUAGGAACUCAAAUAUUUGGCAACGUAUUUAAUGGAAGCAGCUGAUUAAGAAGAUCUUAGAUUAUUCAAUAAAAACAAACUUAAGCUACUUGAUUUAAUUGAAUAUAAAUUCGAUUGA